ACAUAGAUUUUGUGCUUUGAUAAAAACUGCAAAACACUGCAAUGUUUGUUAUAAAUGUUCAGGAAGAAGAGACAAAAUGCACAGAAUCCCAAUUGGAUAUAUUACUUAAGAUCCACCAAGGGCAGUAUAGACUAGUGAAGAAGUACAAACGCAGUUCCGUAUGGAACGUAUACCGGGAAAUCGCUCGACCCGAUGGCAGCAAGCUCAAGUGGCGUUACUAUUGCACGGGCUGCAAGCGGGUAAUGCAAUCCACAGGAGGAACAACCUCCAACCUGCGCAUACAUAAAUGUCAUGUGCGCUACCUUAAACAGCACGGCCGUGACAAUGGAGAACCGCAGCAACAGCAACAAAAGCGGGAACAGCAACCACAGCGCAGUCACAUUAACAUCCAAAGAUUGCCGGUGGCGAAAAAGAUGACAGAGAGCAAAAAUCAAAGGUCUUCAUUCGACGACUUAUAUCAUGUGAAAACGGAUACAUUCAGCGAUGUGGAGCAAGAGGAGGAGGAGGACGAAGAUAACUAUGUGGAUAUGCACAGCUUGACACAUCCCAUCGAAGAGAGCAUUGAACAACUUGAUUCGUCGGAGGUGUCGUUGGCAACCAGCGAGCGACCGCUUUUGAAACUUUUCUCCGAAGAGGACUCCUGGUCACCGGAAAUAACCGAGGUGCAGCCCAUUGAACUUGACCAGCUGACGGAGGAGCAUUCUCAGCACUUCAGUAAGGAAACAAUUAAGCCUAACUCUGCACACUCAAUGCACAUUGAUGCCUCGGCGAUAUCUGAAGCGGAAAGCUAUGGCAGGGCUUGGGCGCAUGCAUUUCUCAAGCUGAGCGAGGAACAAAAGGUUUACGCGAAGCGCUCUAUCGAUGAGCUAUUGGUCCUGGGGAGAUUGGAACGCUUGAAUAUCUCGACGGUGACAUCGCUCACAACCAAUUUGUAAUUGUAGCUCGUAAUUAACAUUAAGUUUAAAGUUUUAAGCUAAACUAUAUUAAAAUGUACUAGACUCAUUUCAGCUAUUAUUUGACUAAUAUUGACAACUUCCUACAAUUGUAUUCUCUCUGCAAUCUAAAAAUUAGCAUUUUAAUUCUAAAUAUUACUUUAACUAGACUAUUUCCUCCAUAUUUAAUAAAAAGCUCUUAUUUCAAUUGCGGUG